UCCUGGGUGUCCGGUUGCUCCUCCAUAGGGGUCCAAGUUCUCAACUUAAAAUUAUCUGGAAUUACCUUCAGGGAUUGCUCAUCCCCAUAAAAGGGGUCUGGUUAGAGCAGGAGGAACUGGGGUGAAGACUGUGACGGGCUCGGCUGGCAGCAACAUGAAGACCUUCCCCAUAGCCCCUGGGAUUCUCCUGGUUUUCAUCCUCAGUGUGCGCCUCGGAGCUGCCUCAGGCCCCAGUGAUGUGGCUAAGUACUGCUGCUUACAAUUCAGCCACAAGACCCUUCCUUGGAAAAGGGUGCAAACCUAUGAAUUCACGAGGAACAGCUGCUCCCUGCGGGCUGUGAUAUUCACUACCAAAAAAGGCCGCAAAGUCUGUGCCGAUCCGAAGGAAAAGUGGGUGCAAAAAUACAUUUCUUCACUGCGAGCUCAGCAACGGCCGUGACCGCUGAAUUUUCAGCCCAACGACCCGGGCUCUGCUCUUGGUCCUGUCCUUGGCGGAGCCUGGAGAAUUUCUUCCACAGAUGGCUUCAUGGACCUGGUGGGGAGGAAAGGCAUU